AAACUCUCAGUUGAGCUGGAUUGCAGGUUUGGUCAGCAUUCCCAGGUUUUGCAGCAACAUUGACUUGACCAGAAAAAGUGUAAGAAUUUGUGCUUCUCCAGGCUACAUCAUGUCUUCAAGUGUGUAUCUAGUCCUUGUGCUCUCAUUGUCACUCUUGGUGACUCUGGCAUCCACCGGUAUGCCAGGUGCUCCAGUAGCUGCUAAUACUGGUUCCGAAGAGGUUAAGAAUGCUGCCAACUUUGCCUUGGAACGCUUCAAUCUUAUGUCCACAAAUAAACACAUCUAUAAACUACUAACAGUGAAAUCAGCUAAAACACAGGUUGUUGCUGGAAGGAACUACAUUUUGGAGAUCAUUAUCGGUGCAACAAAUUGCCAGAAAAAUUCUCACUAUAAUCUACAGGCCUGUAAAUUGACACUAGGCGCUAAUGCUAAGUUGCAGAACUGCACAUUUGAAGUUUACGUUUCAUGGAAUAAUGUGAUGUCUCUUUCAAAAAGUACCUGUAAGACCUUGUGAAACCAACUACAGAGCUAUGAACUAAAUAUCGCUUGCUUGUCUGUAGAAUUUGAUUCACAUUCAUUAAAUUACACUGUAAAUCAAUGGGAUCGUUCUCUAUAAUAAAUGCAGAGCAAUAAUAAUGAAUUUUGAAUCAUA